AUGUUGGAUGGCAUCCUGGGUUCCUCUGCCACUGAUUCACUGUACAGAGAAGCAGUCAUUGCUGGGGCUGAGCUGAGGGCUGUUUUGUCUUUCCAUGUUCACAGGAGCAAGAAAGGUGAUAUGGAGAGUGCAGUAGAAGGUCCUCAAGAGCAUGGCAGGCAAGGAGCUAAAUCCACACAGCACCCUGGAUACCCUAUUCAGAACAAGCCUUCAAAUACAUCCCAGGGAGCAGGAAGGCUACAGACAGCCAACAUCAUGACUCUUCCUGCUUCCAUGCAGACCAGUGGCAAGCUGUCACCUUCAGCCCCUGGUCAGCUAAACCCAGAAGGGAGCCAGAAGCCUGCACAGGAGACUGUCACUGCUGCAGCAGCUCAGGUGGGAAGUGACCACCCUCCUCCUGGAGCACCUCACUCUCUGAGUAAGGGGCUGCAGGACAGGCUGGUCUGUCACAACCUCGACCCACGAGCUUCCACAUCCCUGCAGCAGUUGAGAACUGUUCAACCAGAUGCAGACAGUCUCAGGAAGGCAGGAGUCUCGGCCCACAGGCAAAAUUCGUCUGUAACAUCAAGGCCUGUUCUGGGUUCAAAAGGCAGAAUUGGGAACCAGCAACCUCAGGAAGAGCUGGCCUUGGAUAAAUUCAGGAAAACCCUGCCAUUACAAAAUACAAGUAUUGGAAAUGGACCAUUGCAGCUCUCUAGAUGCCUUUCUGCUUCUACUUCGGUGAGGCAACCUGGCACAGCUCCAGGGGGAAGCCUUAAGCACCACAGGCAACCUCCCCCAGUGAGAAGAUUUACCAGCAAGCCUCCCACUUUGGGCAACCCCCAGGGGACUACAAAUAAAACCAGCCUGAACCCAGGUGUCACUUUGCCAUGGCCAAGGCCCACAGUUAAAGAGGGCGUGGACAGGAAAGUGGUGCUUCCUGGACACACAGAAGAAGGCCAAGGGACAGGUCACCCAAACCAGUCCUGCAGCUGUCUGCACAGCUCCAGCACACACAUACUUGAGGAUGGUUUGAGGAUAGACCAGCCUAAACCAGAAGAGCAGAAGGCAAGUGGCAUGCAGGCUGGGACCCCACCAGCUCCAGAUCGUAGGAAUCAGCUGGAGGAGUGGUUGAUAUCCAAAGGCAAGAAAUACAAGCGGCCACCCAUGUCUCAACUACGAAAUCAGAAUGUGAUGCCACCCUUUAGAAAGAUGAAAGCAAAAGCCAAUCAAGAGAAUCCAGAGCAGCACUGCCAAGCAGCAAGCAAAACCAUAUUAACUGAGUGCCUGAAGCUCGUUGAGGAGGUGGGAAUGGGAAAGGAGCUGCUUGAACGAGCUUCUCUCCUGGAGUGUGCCAGGGGAUGAGGGCCAUGUCCCUCCGGUAGCUAAGAGGGGUUGGGAAUAAGUGUUCAGUUGACAGAGGGGAAACAUAGGAAAAUUAAAGCCCUCAUAAAGUUAUGGGUAGGCCAAAGGCAUGCAGUGAGCUGUGCCAACCAGGAGAAUAGAGAGGUACCCAGUUGAGGUAGAGACUGUUGUGGUUUAACCCCAGCCAGCAGCCAAGCCCCAUGCAGCUGCUCAUGCAGUCCAUUGCUGCACUAGACUUCUCAUUAGGAGUAGAAAUGAGCCAAGACACACCCUUAAUAAUGUGAAAAAGGUCCCAGAU